AGACGAAACUGUUUUGGUCUUCUAUCAUAAUUUCAUUCUCAUGUAGGAUGUUUUAUAGGAAUAUUAAUAUCAAUUCUAAUACUUGAUUAGUACUUUAUUUUAUCGCCCCCGAAAAGAUGAAAGGCUAAGCUAAUCUCGGCAGGAUUUGAACACGGAACUAGAAUUAAAAGCAGGUUCGAUCGGUGUCCGAUCGGUGUUUGAUCUUUAGAUGCUGGUUAGAUUCUGAAGAGGGGACCCUUUAUUUAUUAUUAUUUCACAGCGAGACUUUGCAAAUGGGAUUUAAUGUAUCUGUUAUACAAAUAUAUAAAUAUAUAUAUUAAAUGCUAAAUAUACGUAAUGUAAAGAACUCUUCUGUGUGGGACGAAUAGAUUACAACAGCAGCUGUUUUUUUUUUGCCAGAGCAGAGGAAAAGGCUUCGUUAUGCAUGGUCGUGUGAAGGUAAGAACAACAGCUGAACAGGCUGAAGUGAAAAGGAAGGAGAGAGAGAAGAAGCUACAGUUAUACAGUGCUGCAUUGGAGAAGAUAUUUGAUAAGCGAAACAAUUCCGUCUUUGAUGAAAAGGGAUUGAGUCUCUGUGCUGAAGUUCUCCUAGUCAACCCAGAUUUCUACACUCUCUGGAACUUCCGCAAAGAAAUCCUCGUAGCUUUCAAGGAGACACGAUCUACCAAGGAUCUCCAGCGUUUGUUUGAGGAAGAACUAUCCUUCAUCGAGUCCUGUCUUAGAGUUAAUCCAAAAUCUUAUGGUUCCUGGGAUCAUCGCAUCUUUGUCCAACAGAACAUUCCACACCCAAACUGGACGAGGGAACUUGCUUUGUGUAACAAAUUCUUGGAGUACGACGAGAGAAACUUUCACUGCUGGGAUUAUCGACGUUUCGUUGUGAAGAAUUCCAACAGUGUAACCUUGCAAGAUGAGUUUGAUUUCACUACUACUAAAAUCUGCAACAAUUUUUCCAACUAUUCUUCUUGGCACUACCGGAGCAAACUCCUGCCUCUUCUCCUCCCAGACCCUAGUCAGCCAGCUGGCACCAAAGAAGAGGCCAUUCUUGAAGAAUUUGAAAUUGUCCAGAAUGCCAUGUUCACUGACCCUGAUGACCAAAGUGCCUGGUUUUACCACAGAUGGUUACUGGGAAGAGGAAGGGUUGAACCUGACUUCCUCCAGGUCAUUGCCUCCCGAGCCACGAAGACCCUCACCAUCAGUGUCACCAAACCAAUCCAUCCCCUGGAAAGUUGUGAGAAGGUGGAAGUGUCCAUCAAUGACACCCCUGUUACUGCUUCCUCUUCAAAGUGGCACAACCCAUUCCACAACGACUACUAUUCCCCAGUAUGGAUUCUUCCUCUACCUAAAGAGUUCUUGUCGGAAACUUCCCUGGACAUCACGGUUAAACUUUACGCUGAAUCGACGACCCUAGCAAGCUGUACCCUUUCGCUGAAAGAAUCAACGGACCGUAUCUGCUAUCGUUCUAAUAACCUGACACCAGACACAAUUUUCAACUCAGAACUUAGUGCUGCCAAGACUGCCAUUUUAGCAAAAGAGUUGGAAGCCAUUCAGGAACUUCUGCAACUGGAGACUGAGAACAAAUGGGCCAUGUUGACUGUUGUGCAGUUGAUGCAAGCAUUGAAUUCACAGCGCUAUAGUGCAGACAUAAAUAACUAUCUAAACACACUGAGCCAGAUUGACCCCAAACGAGACAAUUACUACAAGGACUACAAAAGUAAAGUGACGAUAGAAAAUCAGAUCAAAUCCAUGGAUGGUAGUCAAGCCAAACUUGUACUCAAGGGUCUUGACCUUUCUACAGUGUACCAUCUGGAGCAUCUGGUAUCAGUGCAAGUGUUGGACCUGUCUUCUAACAAUAUUUCACGUCUGCACACAUUUGCCUAUCUGCAGAGUGUGGAAUCUCUAGAUCUGGACCACAACAAGAUCAACAGCAUUGAGGGCCUUGGACUUCUCCCUAAUCUCACGCACCUCUCGUUACGCCAUAACUGCCUGUUGAAAGUUGAUGAUCUUCGACCACUCCAGUCCUGUGCGGCUCUGAAAGAACUCAAUCUGGAAGGGAACGCUCUCACAGAAGAUGACACAGACUACCGGAAUUCUGUACAACAGCUUCUGCCACAGCUGACACACGUUGACAGCAACCCAAUAAACUAAGACACCUGACAGACAAGAAGCAGCAGCAGCAAGAAUGGCAUUAUUGCUGUCUUCAGAAGGGAAGAAAAUCGUUGGAUAAUGUAACCCGAAAUUUAUGACUGACGUAUAAAAGAAGAAUGGUCGUUGUUGGUGGAGAAUUGUAUGUGCAAGCUGACCUAUCCUGGAGUUAAAUAGCAUCGGAAUUACAGUAUUAUUUACUUACAUUGGCAACAAGGUCACAAGAUCUCGGAAUAAAAUUCUGUAUAUUGUUGUGAUUUUA